UCUCUGGUUCAACCGUGGGCUGAAACCGCCGACAAAUACAGACAAACAUCCAUCCAUCGAAUCGAUCGAUCCAUCAUCAGCUGGUAAAAACGAUCAGUUGGUCCGUCGAACGCAGCGACCGGCGAGCAGAGCAGGUGAACCGAAGCAGUUUGCUGGAAUGGCUUCCUCUGGCGACAUCCAGGUGAAGGAGCUGGACAAGCGCGCCUCCGGACAGGCCUUCGAGGUGCUGCUGAGCCCCGGCGGCACCGACCCCAAGGCCGAGUUCCCCCUGUCCACCCCGAAGAAGAAGGACGUGUCCCUAGAGGAGAUCCAGAGGAAGCUGGACGCCGCUGAGGAGAGGCGCAAGUCCCACGAGGCGGAGGUUCUGAAGCACCUGGCCGAGAAGCGGGAGCACGAGAAGGAGGUGCAGCAGAAGGCCCUGGAGGAGAGCAGCAACUUCAGCAAGAUGGCCGAGGAGAAGCUGAACCAGAAGAUGGAGGCCAACAAGGAGAACCGCUCCGCCAGGAUGGCAGCGCUCAACGAGAAGUUCAAAGAGAAGGACAAAAAACUGGAGGAGGUGCGGAAGAACAAAGAGACCAAAGAAGGGGAAGAAAACUGAACUUUUUUUUUUUUUUUUAAUGUUUCCAAAGAUUUAUUUUUCUGUUUCAUGCCGGUGUCUUUCUUUGGUAGCUCGGUUCCCUGCCACCACACGGGGCACCAGGAGUUUUAGAGGAUGCUCCUCCUCCUCCUCUCUGUAUAAUUUCCCUUCUACUGGUUCUCACUUUCCUAGUGAUGGAUGUUCUGUGUAGUGCAGCCCUAACUCCUCCCGCUUCGGACCCCCUGCAGCGAGCAUUUUUUACCCACAAGGCAGCAUGUCCACGUGCUUGAGCCGCCUAACCCCCUCCCCCCCCUCCCAGCUGUGUGUUACGGUGUGACGUCCAGCCAUUGCCCCCCCCCCCCACUCGGCCCACUGCAGCUUGUGCGCCCCGGCGGCAGCAGGCGAUGUUAUUAAAGCACAAAGUGCGCGCCUGCAGUGGUGAGCGCGGUAAAGGGUUAAUGCGCCGGACACAGUACAGUACAGUACAGUACAUUGUGUGCUACCCUGGUAGGUUACUAGUAGACAAACGGUAAAAAUAGUCAUGCAUUUGUUCUAGUGAGCAUGUAAUCCUGCUUGAAUAAAGAAAAUUGACG